AUCUAACGUUGGGAAACUUCGGUCUCAUCAUGACGUCAUACGCACAGACGCAGGUCAACGUCUCCCAGCGUGAUGCGUUCAGGACCUUUACCCACAAGAAACUAACAAGAUCUGACUUGUCGAUGCCAGUGUUGUGUGUUUAGGUUCGACUUUCAGGUGUGUCCCGGCUGUAAUGGACCUGUGGAAGGGCAGGGUGGCUCUGGUCACCGGGGCUUCGGUCGGGAUUGGAGCUGCUAUUGCUAAAGAACUGGUUCGGCACGGAAUGAAAGUGGUGGGCUGCGCCAGGGACGUGGAAAAAAUACAGAAACUGGCAGCUGAGUGUCAAACAUCAGGCUACAGCGGUGUUUUAGUGCCUUUCAAGUGUGACCUGAACAACGAGGAGGAGAUUCUGUCAAUGUUCUCUGCCAUUAAAUCCCAGCACCAGGGUGUAGAUGUGUGCAUCAACAACGCUGGCUUGGCUCAUCCAGAGCCACUGUUAAAUGGGAAAACCAGUGCCUGGAAAAACAUGCUGGAUGUUAAUGUCCUUGCAUUGUCCAUAUGCACUCGUGAAGCCUAUCAGUCAAUGAAAGAGAGAAAUGUUGAUGAUGGACACAUCAUAAACAUAAACAGCAUAUGUGGACAUCGUGUGCUUGCCAAUGCUGAUACUCAUGUCUACACUGCCACGAAGUUUGCUGUGACCGCUCUGACGGAGGGUCUGAGACAGGAACUGCGUGAAGCCAAGACCCACAUAAGAGCCACCGCUAUCUCUCCUGGUCUUGUGGAGACAGAUUUUGGGUUCCGACUUUACAGCCAGAUUCCUGAAAAAGUUGCUGCUGCAUACAGACAAAUAAAGUGUUUGGAUGCCACAGACAUUGCGAAUGCUGUGAUAUAUGCCUUAAGUGCCCCUCCCCAUGUCCAGAUUGGGGACAUUCAGCUGCAACCUGUGGAGAGAAAUUUGUAGCACUGCACUAUAUGAUAUGAAUGCUGAGUCUCUGAUACAUUCCUCUUAAUCUAUGCACAUUUUCUUGCUUUUUAUCCUGUUGCUACCUGAUCUAGUGAAUUUCCCCUUUGUGGGAACUGUAGUUUAAUCUUAUGCCUUAUCAUCAUCUGAUCAGUUUACUGUCAAAUUCAGAGUCAAGUUUGCCUUGUGUUUAAUACACUUGCAAAAUAAAGCCCGCUUUUUGCAACUUGC